GAAAAAGUUUUUGCGUGUAUACAAGAGAUGCUGAACGAAAAUGAUCCGUUCUGAAAGAUGACAGAAGCAGAUGUUAGUGGAUUAGACAUGGACAUCGUGUCCCCACGGACCAGCAGGGACACAUUGGAGAGGGAUGUGCCUGUAAUACGCCUUGAGAAUGAUGCUGAACUCAGGGAAAUUUAUGAAUUCGGAAGGAAAUUGGGUAGAGGUAGCUUUGGAGUUGUUUAUGAAGCCACACACAAUGAGACACAGACAAACUGGGCUAUUAAGGAGGUCUGCAAACCAGCGGCGGGAAGUUCGAAAGUCCAGAUGCUGGGGCACGAAAUAAACAUUCUCAAAAAAGUGAGCCAUGCUCACAUAAUACAUCUAAAAGAAGUCUACGACACGCCUAGGAUGAUGUAUUUGGUUACUGAGCUGUGCGCUGGAGGUGAACUGAUGCAGCUGUUGCAGCAGAAAACGUUCUUUACAGAGGACGAGACAAGGCAUAUCAUCUGUAGCUUAGCUGACGCCGUUGUCUAUCUUCACAAAAGAGACAUAGUGCACCGGGACUUGAAACUUGAGAACAUUCUUGUGAAAAAUUCUCUUGAUGAUGAUAAUGACAGGAUUAAUAUCAAGGUGACGGACUUUGGAUUAUCGGUGCAGACAGGUGGUGUAGGGAUUGAGAACAUAAUGAAGGAGGCCUGUGGGACUCUUAUCUAUAUGGCACCUGAAAUGAUGAGCGGUCGUGGUUACAGCCAGUGGUGUGAUGUGUGGAGCAUAGGAGUCGUUAUGUAUAUGCUGCUGUGUGGGGAGCCUCCGUUUGUGUCAAAAACAAAGGCAAAACUACUUGAUGUGAUUAUGAACAAAGAAGUCACAUUUACUCAACCCAUCUGGACCAGAGUCAGUGAUGCAGCAAAAAAUCUGUUGACUUGCCUCCUGAAGGUGGAUCCUGCCUACCGCAUGUCCGCUAAUCAGAUACUAGAAAACCCAUGGAUUACAGGUGACACUAAUGUGCCUGCUAUACCGUCCAAUGUGCUGGAUAUGAUGCGUAACCACCAGGAAGAGGAAGAGAGAACACAGACUGAGGGGGGCUUGUCCCUCACCUCUUCUGAGGACACCGUGGACCCGGCCCAGGUCUCCAAGGCAGCUUCAACAGAAACAGACUGUAACUGCAGGAGCCCUGCUAAGCGCAGCCCUGAGAGAGACAGCAGCUUCUGCACAGCCUCCACGUCCACCAAGCUGACUAAAGAAAGCAGUGGCAGCCGGCAGCAGGUCAAGUGCAAAAAUGGCUCUGAAACCUCAGGACCACCUCAACCCUCCACCACACAGUCUCACGUCGGUGUGAAACCUAUCACACAGUCGAGUGCAAAGCAGCGCAGACCUCAGGACAAGAAGGACCUCAGUGCAGGACAGAAACCAGCCUCUGACCUAAGUAAGGCAGAUGACCAGAGACCCUCUACCUCCAGUAAAAGUAGGACUGGGCCCCGCAAAUCACCAGCCGGCUCUAAGACUAAUACCCAUUCAGAAUAA